AUGUUGCUCGCAGAUCAACCAGUGGAACGCGUGGAACCUUCGAAGAAUGGUGUACAUGAAAAAAUUAGGGCGGAAUUUGCCGACAGUAGCGAAAGUGAAUCAAGCUUCACAGAUGAGGAUGAUUCCGAUGAGGAGUUACGACAAGCGUUUCUUCGCAACGAAUUGAAGCCCGGUUUGAACGUGAUAGUGCAGAAUGAACGCGCCCCGCUGUAUGAUACGGUCAAGCUAAAGACUUCGCUAGAAGCAUGCACCCUGAAAGCGCCCUGGUUGGAGCGUCUGGAGCUGGUGAACGAUUUGGCCCCGCUCACACCGGAGCUGGCAAUACAGAUCGAAAAGCACGAGCAAAAGCGUGCCAACCAGUUCAAGGGCAACCGCAAGAUACCGUACGUCGCGCCGGAAACCGACACUGUGCUGAACGACUUCAAGCGGGAGAUACUUUUUCACCGGCAGGCCCAGGCCGCCACCAUCGAGGGCAUCCGGAAGCUGCACGAGCUCGGCAUCGCGACCAAGCGCCCGGAUGACUACUUUGCCGAGAUGGCCAAAACGGACGAGCACAUGCAACGCAUCCGGAAGGUGUUGCUCGACAAGCAGGAAGGUAUUGCCAAGUCGGAGCGCAUUCGGCAGCUGAGGGAGCAACGCCGCAUGGGCAAGCUGAUACAGCGCCAGGCGACGGAGAAGCGAGACGAAGAGCGAAGAAAAAUGCUGGGCGAUAUUAAGAAGUUCCGCAAGGGUAAACUGUCCAAUCUUGACUUCCUGGACGAUGACGACGGACCGCGGGGUGAGUUCCGCAAGUCGGGAAAAGAACCGGGUAAGGGGAAAAAUGGGAAGCGGGCUGUCAGUGGUAAGCGGAAGGCACGCGAUGCAAAGUUUGGGUUCGGCGGACGGAAGAAGGGCAAGAAGCAAAACACCCGCGAGUCGUGCAUGAAUGAUGGUCCGCCCCGCAGCAAAGGUGGUGCGGGAAGGAGGGGAGUGAAAGGAGCGGGAGCGAAAACUCGGCCAGGAAAAUCGCGCCGGGCACAGGCGAAGGGUGGUAAGGGCGGUGGUCGCAAGAAGUGA